AUGGAGCGGUCACGUGUCCAACAGAACGACCUGCUACUCCACGAGGCGGUUAUCAAGAACGAGGUGGCCGCGGUGCGCGAGGCCCUCCAGAGGCCCACCGACGUCAACUGCAGGAACAACUACGGUCGCGCGCCGAUCCACUGGGCAGCGAGUCGCGGCAACGUGGAGAUCAUACGACUGCUGCUGGACGCCCACUGCGACAUAGAGGCCGCUGAUAAGUUCGGUAUGAGGCCGCUCCUCAUGGCGGCGUGGCAUGGCCACCUGCCGGCUGUACGAGCCCUGGUCGACGCGGGCGCCUGCCUCAACGCUAUCAACAAGAAACAAAAUGACCUUCUGCAAUGCGCGUGCGCACGGGGCGCUCGCGACGUCGCUGAGUAUGUCAUCUCCCUCGGCGCCGCCGUGCAAGUGACGGACGCGUGCGGGGAUUCCCCCCUGGCACUCGCCGCUAAGGCCGGACACACCCCCGUCGUGGAACUGCUGCUGGACAAAGGCGCGUAUAUCGACGCUGUAAAUAAGGAGCAGAUCCACACACACGUCGUGGAACAACUCCUGGAUACGGGCGCAUAUAUUGAUGCUGUGAACAAGACGGCUAAAUAUUUGGUGAAGGUGUGCCUCGUGCUGCUCUUCGUUUUCUGA